AGCCGUCGUUGAUUCACAUAUCAAUACAUUGACAGACCACAAACCGCGACGUUCGCCUGCGGUAUAUAGCCAUGGAGGUGGUCUCUGCAGCUCAAAAUCCCUCUCCGGAGCCCUCAGGCCAUUUGCAUCGGCGAAAACGAUCGCCUCCAUCGCGCUCAUCAUCGCCGCCAGCAUACCGUCAGCGUACACGAAGUCCAAUCGAAAGUAACAGAAUCCACCGCCAUCGCUCUCCCAGCACGGAGAACUAUCGUGCUCAUCGUAGAGAUGCGCCAUUGCCAAGAGAUGUGGACCAACACCGGGCUCGAGAACGGCAGCGACAGCUUGAAAUCAGGCAGCAGGACAAAGAAGCAAAGCCUGAACUGACCGAGGCAGAAAAGCAAGCCGCUGCCCGCAAGGAGUAUGAAGAGCUACUUAACAAGAGGAGUGGUGGCGUUUAUAUUCCUCCCGCCCGACUAAAACGUCUCCAAGCUCAACUUGGUGAAGAUAAACAAUCAAAAGAAUGGCAACGCAUGGCUUGGGAAGCUCUGAAGAAAAGUAUAAACGGACUCAUCAACAAGGUUAACGUGUCAAACAUCAAGUUCAUUGUCCCUGAGCUCUUCGGAGAAAAUCUCAUUCGUGGACGGGGAUUGUUUUGCCGAAGCAUCAUGAAAGCUCAGGCAUCAAGUUUACCGUUUUCCCCUAUAUUCGCUGCUACUGCUGCAAUAGUCAACACGAAAUUACCUCAAGUUGGCGAGCUGUUGGUAAAAAGGCUCAUUUCACAGUUUAGGAAAGGAUUCAAGAGGAAUGACAAGGCCGUUGCUAUCUCAAGCUCUACAUUCCUAGCACAUCUUUGCAAUCAGCAGGUGGUGGGCGAGAUGCUUAUAGCUCAGAUCCUACUUCUUCUGCUGCAUCAGCCAACAGAUGAUUCGUGCGAAAUUGCGGUCAACCUCUGCAAAGAAGUAGGACAGCAUCUUGAAGAGUUCAACAGUGCUAUUGCCGCCGCAGUCUUCGACCAGUUCAGGAAUAUUUUGCAUGAAGCCAAUGAUUUGGAGAAGCGGACCCAGUACGCCAUUGAAGUGCUUUUCCAGAUUCGUAAAGACAAGUACAAAGAUUUCCCAGCCAUAAGGGAGGAACUUGACCUCGUUGAGGAAGAAGAUCAAAUCACACACAACAUAGACUUGGAUGGCGAAUUUUCAACUGAAGACGCCCUAAAUGUGUUCAGAUAUGAUCCUGAUUAUGAAGCUAACGAACAAGCAUACCAGAAUCUUAAGGCGCAGAUCUUAGGCGAGGUCGAUGACUCUGAAGCAGAAGAUGAAGAUGACAGCGACGAAAGCGAAGAUCAGGAGGAGACUGAAAAGGAAAGAGCUAUGGAGAUUGCAGACGAGACAAAUCAAAAUUUGGUCAAUCUCCGCAGGAGCAUCUACCUUACCAUCAAGUCCUCGGGUCUUUUCGAGGAAGCCGUGCAUAAACUGAUGAAAAUUAACCUUCCUGUCGGAUUGGAAGAAGAACUCCCUAGCAUGAUUAUUGAAUGUGCCAGCCAAGAACGCACGUUCGAGAAAUUCUACGGGCAAAUUGCCGAACGGUUCUGCAAGCUUAACCGGCUCUGGAGAGAACUUUUCGAAAGGCAAUUCAUCAAAUACUACGAGAACAUUCAUCGGUACGAGACAAACCGCUUACGCAUCAUCGCGCAGCUUUUUGCCCACCUUUUGGCUACCGACGCUAUUGAGUGGCACGUGUUGUCGGUCAUUAAGCUCAAUCAGGAGGACACAACUUCGUCCUCUCGUAUCUUUAUCAAGAUUCUUUUCGAAGAACUCUCAUUGAACAUCGGCAUGAGCACGUUGGUGGAGCGACUUAAAGACGACGCACUUCAACCCAGCCUUGCGGGUCUAUUCCCAACAGACGACCCGAAAAACACCCGCUUUGCAAUCAAUUACUUUACCGCUAUUCAAAUGGGCGUCCUCACCGAGGGAAUGCGCGAGUGGCUCCAAAGUCUGCCAAAACCGGAGCCCAAACCUCUACCCGAACCAGAGUCGGACAGCGAAAGUGUUUCGAGCUACUCAAGUUACAGCUCUCGUUCACGUACUCCGCCAUCUCGUCGUGUUGCGAGUCGACAUGCUAGGCGUGGUAGUUUCUCUGAGUCGGAUACUAACUCAGAUUCACGGAGUCCACCAAGAAGGCCUGCUCGUUCACGUUCAGAAGAGCGUUCACGUCGUAGCAGGCAUAGUUAUUCUUCACGCUCACGAUCGCCAUCCGAAUCUCGCAGUCCUCCAAGGCGAGCAUCGCGACGCUCAAGAAGCUACAGCAGUUCCAUAUCGCGAUCGCACAGUCGAUCACCUCCGCGCCGACGGGCACGUAAUUAUAGCUCUUCGCGCAGCCCUUCACUGCCGUCACGCGCUCAUGAUGAUUCAAGAUCUGCUUCUCGCUCACCUCCACCUCGUAGACAGGCGAGAAGAACAUCAAGUGAAAGAAGCGCUUCGCGGCCACGCAGAAAUGGUGAGCGGCUUCGCUCGGCGACACCGCCUAGGGGAGAACUGUUAAGGGGAAGAAGGAGAAACAGUAGCUCAGAUAUGUCGGAUAGAAGCCCAAAGCCACUACGCCGGAGAUAUUCGAGCUCGGAAGACGAAAGGUGACGGAGUCCGAUGACAAAGAGCGGCAGUAGAAGAAUUAGGCAUAGGGUUUGAGUGCAAUUAUCAAAGGACAGAUUGUAUCACCAAAGGUAUAUCGCGACCAGUAAAGUAAAUGGAAGAUUUUUGACCGGCACAAACCUCAAAUACCUGCAUCCCUAUUUCCAGUGUGUAAAUCUGGCACGUCAAACCACCAUGAAAGCAGAAUGAAAAUGUGCAAACGUGUAACAAUAGGAAACAGGGAUUCAUCCUCGAGUAGGUUAAAAUGACAUUGCCUAAAUUCC